AUGACUGAUGCAUGGGCAGAUAAGAAGGGCAGGGGAGUUAUGAAUUUAGUUGUGCACAGUGCUCAUGGUGUUUGCUUCAGUGAUUCGGUGGACUGCUCCGGUGACAGAAAAGAUGGCAAAUACAUAUUUGACUUGGUGGACAAAUGCAUAGAAGAAAUAGGUGAAGAAAAUGUUGUGCAAGUGGUGACUGAUAAUGCUAGUGUGAAUGUAUCAGCAGCUAGUAUGCUAACAGCAAAGAGAUCAUCCAUAUUUUGGAAUGGAUGUGCUGCUCACUGCCUAGAUCUCAUGCUGGAGGAUCUUGGGAAGCUUGGACCAGUUGCAAAAAAUAUUUCAAGUGCAAGAGAAGUGACUAGCUUCUUGUAUGCUCAUACAAGGGUAUUGGAUUUGAUACGGAAAUUUCUUGGGAAGGACUUGGUUCGCUCUGGUGUUACUUGGUUUGCCACUGCUUACUUAAAUCUGAAAAGUUUGCUAGACAACAAGAAGGAGUUGACAAGGCUCUUCAAAUCAGAUGAGAUGAAUGAACUAGGUUCAUACUUGACAAAGGCAAAGGGGAAAAAAGCACUCAAAGUGGUGCGAUCUGAAGUUUUUUGGAAACAUGUUGACAUGGCUGUUAAUUUCUUCGAGCCAAUGGCUAAUGUGCUUCGCAGAAUGGACAGUGAUGUUCCUGCAAUGGGAUUCUUCCAUGGAUUAAUACUUGAUGCAAAGAAACAUAUUGCUGUGAGGUUUGAUAAUGAUGAGAGCAAGUACAAAGUUGCUUGGGACAUCAUUGAUAAAAGGUGGGACAGCAAGCUCAAGACUCCUCUCCACUUGGCUGGCUACUAUUUGAAUCCUCACUAUUAUUACCCAAACAAGUCAGAGAUUGAGCAUGAUGGAUCAUUUAGAGCUGCUGUUAUUACAUGCAUUUGCAAGAUGAUUGAGGACGAAGAAACCCAAGACACUGUAAUUGAAGAACUCAACAUGUAUCAAGAUCAGCAAGGAUCUUUCGGCCAUGAGAUUGAUAUAAGGCAAAGGAGAAACAAGAAUUUUAAUCCAGCAAAAUGGUGGCUGAACCAUGGCACCAGCACACCAAAGUUGAGAACUUUGGCAUCUAGGAUUCUUAAUUUGACAUGUAGCUCAUCAGCUUGUGAGAGGAACUGGUCAGCUUUCGAAGAGGUUCAUACAAAGAAGUGCAAUAGGCUGCUGCAUGACAGGAUGAGGGAUCUUGUGUUUGUGAAAUUCAACUCUAAACUAAGGAACAAGAGAGAGAACAAAAACAGAGAUCCCAUAGAGAAAGAAGUAGAUGAUGUUCUUGCUAAUUAUGAAAAUGAGUUCAUCACUGGGAAAGAACCAACUGCAGAAGCUGAUGAAGAACAAGAGAAAGCUCAUGAAGAUGCAUCGGAAGAGGCACCAAACAGGGCAUCAUCAUCACAGGGAAAAGCCAAAAGGAAGAGGAGUUGUCGGCCUAGGAAGAAAAUCAAGACCGUGAGCCUGCAGUCCUUGAUGGCUAUGCGUGUUGAAACAAUGCCGCAAGUUGCUUCUUCUUCUGAAUCGGAGUCUGAUAAGUCUCCUUCAGAUUCUGGAGAAGAAUAG